AUGCUUCAUACCUUACGUGCUAGAGACAAGGGCCAGAUUGCUGGCUUUGGCCUAGAAGAUAGCGCUGAGUAUGUCGAAUAUGUCUCCCAGGAGGCUCAUCGUUUACUUGCAAAAUUUACACAGCUCUCCACCAAACCGCCACGUGAACAAGCCGUGCCCUCAAAUACUGUUACCCAUGGCCAUACGGUGUUCCACCUGGAAAGUGUCAAAGAUGCCUGGCGAACACCACGAAGCGCUCCGGAGACAAUAGAGACAUCUACCAAAAACCUCCCUUCAAAGCAAUCAAAUUUACCCAGUCACUCAUUCUCCAACCCUGCUCUACAACAAAAUGACCAAGCAAUUCUGCAGAAUGGCUUGGCUGCGUUGAAACCAAACCAGAUAUUGGAAGAAAACCCCUCAUUUUCAGAUUCGCUUGUGGGUCCACUUCCUCAGACAGACUCGUUCCCAGGACGAAGGGUCAUAAGUCCCCACCCUCCGAAUCAAGCUAUCGACUUGCACAUGUCCCCUUCAGAGUCUAGGUUAACUCCAACUUCCUCUGGGCCACUCCUACAGAGCCCUGACGGCCUAGCUCCUAGGCGUUCUGGCCGGGCCAAAAACAAACCGACCACAUACAAUGUACGUGUAUUGCUUGGCCUGGAAACCAACGAGACCCGAAGGAGUUCGAGAGAAGCGUUGACUCGGACCUCUCGAAUCUCCUCGCGAGUCCCUUCUGAGCUUGCAUCAGAACUUUCGCUGUCUCCGGAUCCUCCCUCGGUAUUCAAUCUGCUCAAAAAAGACCCCUCUCGCAGAUCUCCUAAUAUUCAAAGACUGUUGUGGGAUCGAGAAUUGCGCGGUUGCAGCCAUAGCAGCCGGAUUCGCACAGCGAUGACAUCCGAUCUCAGGCCCUGGAAGUCUUGGAAAGGCGCCUCGAGUGAUGUGACCGUCCUCGCCUGGUCGCCUGAUUCCACAAAGUUUGCUGCGGGAGCAACGGCGCAACCGGAGUACAAUCGAAGGUAUAAUUUGCUUCUGGGCGACCUUGUCAAUAGUGCCCUAUACGAGCUUCCAGACCAUUGGACCCCUUCACAGAUUGCUACCGAUGAGCGCUUGUACACAAGUGUCACUGAUAUGCAGUGGGUUGGUAACCGACUAUACACCGCGAGUUAUGACAACACUGUCAAGAUCUGGGAUGCCGCUGCUCACAAACAUCCUUCAUGCCUUCAAACCUUGGAGCAUAGCUCCAAAGUCGUAGUCAUGGCUCUGUCAAAAUCCAUGCCUAACCUCAUUGCUACCGGGACCGAUAGGUUCCAUCUCUGGGAUGUUCAGGAGGGUCAGGCUCCUAUUUGCGUGGAUUUGUCUAUUGUUCGGCACCCUCGCCAGAAGAACAUUGAUCUGGUGCCCACCACUCUUGCAUGGGGCCACACGGCAUCAACAAAUCAUGUUCUAGUCGGUGGCAUGGCGGAGCGAAGUCUAGAUGAGUACAAGGUUCCCAAUCAUGGUCAUUUAGGGCUGUGGACUAUCAAUCAGGGCUCAGUGACACCACGGAAGCUGGUCCCGGACUCUCAAAAUGUUUUUGAUAUCAAAUGGCAUCCAUUUUUGCCGAAAUUUGUUGCUGCCACGACAUACAGCCAGGCAAUGCAGCUUCCACUGAAGACGAGAACUGUUCUGCAGCUGUAUGACUGCAUAGACGGUAAUUUCACCUUCACUGGCCGAUUUCCCUGUCCAGCGGCGGAUGUGAUGGAAACGAGCUUUUGCCCGAUGGAUUCGACCUAUAUCACCGCCAGCUGUACGGAUGGUCGGACGUAUGUUUGGGAUGUCCGUUUUCCCGACAAAAAUAGCAUUCUUCAACUUCCUCAUGGCGCCCCACUCCACCCACUCAACCAUAAGCAGCCCCGGGAGCUGACUGACUAUGGAGUCUCUUUUGCUCUGUGGGGAAGAUCUAUGGAUCAGCUCUACACGGGUGGUUCUGAUGGAUUUGUGAAACAAUGGGAUAUUCGUCGAGCCCCCGAAGAUGUGCUAGUGGCUGACAUUGCCAAGUUCGACGAGGGGAUCACGAGUGGGGCCUUUUCGGAGGAUGGAUCCCACCUUCUUAUUGGGUCUCAUGGUGGAGGCAUUCGGGUGUUGUCUACCGGGCCUUGCUCCGAUCCUGAAAACAUAGGGUUUGGGUUAAGGCGUGCCCCAGAGCCGCCCUCUCAGGAUAUUUCUGGGCGUGAGGCUAGUAGUGUGCUUCUCUCUAACGCCGAGAUCGAACUGCAUCCGAUCUACGGCCCGGGGCAGGGAUCUAAUUACCAAGGCCCUUAUGCUCGCUGGGCACGUGAUACCAAUGAGGAUACACCCCUGGACCAGCUGAAAAGAAUACCUUUAAAAGACGAGUACCGAGUCCGUCAACUUUGGGGUCCAGAGGUCCUACAUCAGGGUGAAGUAGAUUCAAAUGCGCAAUGUGAACUCAUGAAUCAAAGAAAAGUCGCUAGAAUACGGAAUAGCCAGCCCGAUCAUUUGCUAAGGGAGAAGCCUAAGCGCAAAGGGACUGGGGUCGAAUUAUCUGCAGGAGAUCGAAAGAAGAAGAAAAGGCACAACAAUGAGAAAGACAAGGAGAAGCGAAAGAAGCGGCGCCAUGGUCCAGUGGUCGGUAACAUUGAAGUGGUUCAUAUCGACCUGACCGGCGAUUCCCCGGAACCCGAGUCAACCACAGAACCUCAGACAAAGCGAGACUCAAGACUUCCAUUUUCUCUUGAACAUCUGGAAGAUGGCCUAGAAGAUGACUAUUGGUGGCCAGAUAGUGGACGCUAUGAUGCGAAUAUUUGUGAUAGCGACUGA